CCGCGGCCGCGCCGCCUCCCUCGGCCGCCUAUAUAGGGGCGGCGGCGGGGCUGCCCGCCCGGGCGGGCGGUGUGCCGGGCCGUACCGUACCGUACCGUACCGUACCGGGCCGGGCCGGGCCGGGCCGUGGUGGGGAGCUGAGUCGGGGGGACACGUUCCUGCCAGCUAGCCUUAGACACCUAUGGACGCUAUGCUUCUAUAACCAAUAAAAAGGAGACAAGUCUCUUGACACCUGCCAGGAAAGGGUAGACUUCAGUCUGAAGUAACUGAUAAACAGGUGUGAAGCAUGAGGAUCAACUCUGCUAUUCAGGCUGCUAUUGACCUCACAGCAGGAGCUGCAGGUGGGACAGCAUGUGUGGUGACUGGCCAGCCCUUUGAUACUGCAAAGGUGAAGAUGCAGACGUUCCCCGACAUGUACAAAGGAAUUGUGGACUGCUUUGUGAAAACCUAUAAGCAAGUGGGGCUUCGAGGCUUCUACAAGGGAACUACACCAGCACUUGUAGCCAACAUUGCGGAGAACUCCGUUCUGUUCAUGUGCUAUGGAUUUUGCCAACAAAUUGUGAGAAGAAUUGUUGGAGUAGACAGGAAAACAAAGCUCAGUGAUCUGCAGAACGCUGCUGCAGGCUCCUUCGCCUCUGCCUUCGCCACCCUUGUCCUCUGCCCCACAGAGCUGGUGAAGUGUCGGCUGCAGGCCAUGCAUGAAAUGCAGCUGUCAGGAAAAAUAAUCCAGGGACACAAUACAGUUUGGUCAGUAGUGAAGGGUGUUAUUCAGAAGGAUGGUCCCCUCGGAUUUUACCGUGGCCUGUCAAGCACUUUGCUGCGGGAAGUCCCAGGCUAUUUCUUCUUCUUUGGAGGGUACGAACUGAGCCGGACAUUCUUUGCCUCUGGGAGAUCAAAAGAUGAAUUAGGUCCCAUUCCUUUGCUACUAAGUGGAGGUUUUGGAGGCAGUUGUCUGUGGAUUGCUGUGUAUCCUGUGGACUGUGUCAAAUCUAGAAUUCAGGUUCUUUCAAUGGCUGGAAAACAAACAGGCUUUAUGGGAACAUUUGCAACUGUUGUGAGAACUGAAGGGGUACUUGCCUUGUAUUCUGGACUAAAGCCAACUAUGAUCCGUGCAUUCCUGGCCAACGGGGCACUGUUCCUCGCCUACGAGUACAGCCGGAAGCUGAUGAUGAAACAAAUAGAUUCUUACUGAUACCUUCUCGCAGAUGGAGUGCAAAUGGUUGUUUAAGGAUCACUUAAAGAAACGAUCCAAACCCCUGUAGAUCACAUCGUGGUCUGAGCAGGGCCCAACUCAA